CAACCAAGAUCAAAAUGAGUGUUGUCGGUUUAGAUAUUGGAAGUUAUUCAAGUGUAAUAGCCUGUGCUAGAAGCAGAGGUAUCGAUAUUAUCUGCAAUGAAGUUUCGAACAGAAGCACACCAACUAUGACUGGUUUCAACGUUAAGAGCCGUACCAUCGGUGAGAGCGCAAAGUCAGCAGAAACUAGCAACUUUAAGAACACUGCCAGCCAACUUAAGAGACUCGUUGGUCGUAGCGCAUCAGACAGUGAGGUAAUGGAUGAACAAAGCUACAUCGGAGCUCCUCUCGUCGACGCCGGCGGAGAAGUCGGUGUACAAGUCAGCCUCGCAGGCGAGCAACAAGUAUUCUCAGCCACCCAAUUGAUGGCCAUGUACCUCGGAAAGCUCCGUGACACUGCCCAAACAGACAUUGGUACCAAGGUCUCUGACGUUGUCGUCUCAGUUCCAGGUUGGUUCACAGACGUACAACGUAGAGCCAUGCUCGAUGCAUCUAAGGUAGCUGGUCUCAACUCACUCAGAGUUAUGAACGACUUAUCUGCCACCGCUUUGGGUUACGGUAUCACCAAGCCAGAACUCCCAGAACAAGGUCAACCACCAAGACAUGUCGUUUUCGUAGACGCAGGUCACUCAAACUUCCAAGUUUCAGUUGUCGCUUUCAACAAGGGUACCCUCGAAGUUAAGGGUGCUGCCUACAACCGCCACCUCGGUGGUAGAAACCUUGACAAGGUUUUGGUUGACCACUUUGUUAACGAAUUCAAGGACAAGUACAAGAUUGAUGUCUACUCAAAUGCAAAGGCUACCUUCAGAUUAGCUGCUGGUUGUGAGCGUCUCAAGAAGGUUCUUUCCGCCAACUCUGUUGCUCCACUCAACGUUGAAAAUUUGAUGAACGACAUUGACGCCACCUCCAUGCUCAAGAGAGAAGACUUUGAAGCUGCCGCAGCUGAUGUUCUCAAGGGUGUUGAAACCCCACUUGCUGAAGCCCUCGAAGCAGCUGGUAUUGACCAAUCACAAGUUGACGCAGUCGAACUUGUUGGUGGAACCUCAAGGGUUCCAGCCAUCAAGGAGAAGAUCUCAGCAUUCUUCGGUGGCAAGACCCUCUCAACUACUCUCAACCAAGAUGAAGCUGUAGUUAGAGGUGCUACACUCGCUUGCGCUAUGCUUUCACCAGUUUUCCGUGUUAGAGAAUUCAGCGUCAAUGACAUCAACUUGUACGGUAUCAAGGCCACCUGGGACUCACCAUCAAGCCUUCCAGAAGGUGAAACCGAUGAGACCGAAAUCGAAGCUUUCCCAACAAGAAACGCUAUCCCAUCAACCAAGAUCCUCACUUUCCACAGAAAGGAACCAUUUGACAUCAACUUCCAAUACGCUAACCCAGCAUCUCUCCCAACUGGUAUCAACCCAUGGAUCAGCAAGGCAACUAUCAAGGAUGUUGCUCCAACUGCUGAUGGUGACUUCUCAAUUGUCAAGGUCAAGGUUAGACUUAACUUACACGGUCUUGUCUCAAUUGAGGGUGCCUACACUGUCCAAGAAGUUGAACAAGAAGAACAAGUUCCAGUCAAGGUUGCUGAAGGUGAAGAACCAAAGACUGAAACCCGUAAGGUCAAGAGAACCGUUAAGCAAAAGGACUUAACAGUCGUUGGUGGUGCUACCGGUGCAUCAGAAUCAAAGAUUGCUGAAUACACUGAAAAGGAAGGCCAAAUGUACGCUCAUGACAAGCUCGUCGCAGAAACUGAAGAGCGUAAGAACGCACUCGAAGAGUACGUUUACGACCAACGUAACAAGCUUGAUGACAGACAUGCCGCAUACGCUACACCAGAAGAGAAGGAAGUAUUCAAGAAGGCACUCAACGAAGCUGAAGAUUGGUUAUACACAGAAGAAGGUGAAGACGCACAAAAGUCAGCUUACGUUGCACGUCUUGAUGAACUCAAGAAGUUGGGUGACCCAAUUGUUAACAGAUACAAGGAACAACAAGAACUUCCUAAGGCAGCAGCUGUUUUGAGAGCAGCAACCAAUGACUUUCUCUCAAAAGCUCAAUCAGGGGAUGAAAGAUACUCUCACAUCGCUGCAGAAGAUAUUCAAAAAGUAAUUGACACCGCAGCCAAUGCUGCCAAGUGGUUGGAUGACAACAUGUACAAGCAAUCAGAGAAGAUGAAGACCGAGAACCCAGUCAUCUCAUCUGCUCAAGUAUUGAAGACUGCUGAGGAAAUCGGUUACACUUGCAACUCAAUUCUCAACCGUCCAAAGCCAAAGCCAAAGACUGAAGCACCAGCUCCAGAGCCAGAGCCAAAGGAAACUGAAGGCCAAAAGGACAACAUGGACGUUGAUUAAGAUGAACAGUUUUGAGAUAUCGAUUAGACUAUCAUUAUAAAGUUACAUUUUUUCCAUACAUUCUUCAUUAAUUGUAAAAUACAAGAAAAUAAUGUCUGCCUGAUAUGAAAUAUUAGUUGAAAGUGAAAAUUUUUAUUGCAAUCAACUAAUAAUCAAGAAGGCUGAAAAUGAGUACCACAAACAGACACUCAAAACGAGUGUUGAAUGGGUGAGAGGGAUUACUUUAGGACCGUUAUGACUCGUGCAAAGUUCAUCACGCAGCCGAAAAGCUGGUGGUACAUCAAAUGAUAUACCAGAACUGAGCGCUUAAGGACGAUCCAUGUAUGGCAUUAUAGGUGAUGUAUUGAAGGUGAAUUAUAACUUUCAAUGCAACACCUAGACCGUUUUAACAGUUUG